CUGCGUGCUGCAACGGUCGGACAGCAACCUCUGCCGCUGUAAUCGCGGCGACCUACAGUGAUCUUCCUGAAACUACCGUCCUACAUGAAGGUCAUCACUUGCGAGAUAGCGUGGCACAACAAGGAGCCUGUGUACAGCUUGGACUUCCAGCACGGAACUGAUGGGAAGAUCAACCGACUGGCCUCCGCAGGUGUGGACACGGCUGUCCGGAUCUGGAAAGUGGAAAAAGGACCGGAUGGAAAAGCUAUUGUGGAAUUCUUGUCCAAUCUCGCCCGCCAUACCAAAGCAGUAAAUGUCGUGCGCUUCUCUCCCAAUGGUGAAGUCCUUGCAUCUGGUGGAGAUGAUGCUGUUAUUUUAUUAUGGAAGCUGAAUGAUAGCAAAGAAUUGGAACCACUGGCUUUUCAGGAUGAAGAUGAAGCUCAGCUUAACAAGGAGAACUGGACAGUUGUUAAAACUUUAAGAGGCCACUUAGAAGAUGUGUAUGAUAUUUGUUGGACUUCAGAUGGGAAUUACAUGGCGUCUGCCUCUGUAGAUAACACGGCUAUCAUGUGGGAUGUCAUUAAAGGACAGAAGGUUUCAAUAUUAAAUGAACACAAGAGUUAUGUCCAAGGAAUAACCUGGGAUCCUCUAGGCCAGUACAUUGCAACUCUGAGUUGUGAUAGGGUUCUGCGGGUAUACAACACGCAAACCAAGCGUGUGGCAUUCAAUGUUACCAAGAUGCCAUCUGAGUCAGGAGCUGAAGGAGAGGCUAAGAGCUAUCGGAUGUUUCAUGAUGACAGCAUGAAGUCAUUUUUCCGCAGACUCAGUUUUACUCCUGAUGGUUCCUUACUGCUCACUCCAGCUGGCUGUGUUGAAUCAGGAGAAAAUGUGACAAACACCACAUAUGUUUUCUCCAGAAAUAAUCUUAAAAGGCCCAUGGGUCAUCUGCCCUGUCCAGGAAAGGCAACUCUGGCUGUUCGCUGCUGCCCAGUCUACUUUGAGUUGAGACGAGCACUUAAUAAAGAUGAAAUCAGUCAGAAAUCAUCGCCCGCUCUAUUGAAUCUACCCUAUCGAUUGGUGUUUGCUGUUGCUUCAGAAGAUUCUGUGCUUUUUUAUGACACUGAGCAGUCUUUCCCUUUUGGUUAUGUUUCUAACAUACAUUAUCACACCCUCAGUGACAUUUCAUGGUCCAGUGAUGGAGCCUUUCUUGCUAUUUCUUCUACGGAUGGGUACUGUUCGUUUGUUACCUUUGAGAAGGAUGAACUGGGAAUACCACUGAAGGAAAAGCCUCAAAUAAAUGUCAGGACUUCUGGUGCAACAGAGAAGAAAGUGAAGAAGAGUCAACCACACAAAGUCAUUUCCCCAGGCUCGAGGCUGACAGAGGGAACUCCUCUGAGCACUCCCACUCUCCAACCUAAAACGCCUGUAGCUGCUGCUAAGGACUUGCCUUUCACACCUGUUGGCAUAAAAAAUGUUCCAGUCUCAUCUUCAGAGGAGAGGAAAAUCAGCCAGCCAGCCAGCCAGAGUUCUAAAGGAAACCAGCCCAGGAGGAUUACUCUCAACACUUUACAAGCGUGGAGCAAGACGCCAAGGAGAAUAAACUUGGUAUCACUGAAGCCAGAAACACCAGCCUCAGUAUAUACAGACACGGUUCCUGUGCCUGCUUCCUCAGAACAGGAACAUGAGAGGCCAUUACCAUCUGAUGACAGUCUUCAAAAUUCCCCAGCAUCUAAACGUCCUAGAACUGAGGAAAUGCCUCUUUCUGUGUCUGCUGAAGAUCAGAUCGGCUGCAAACCAAACAAAUAACAGCUGGUUUCUUAGAAGACUCUUCAAUCUGAACACAGUGCGGCCGUAUCUUUCUGCAAAUGAUAAAUCCUCAAUUCCUGAUUAAAGUACUGUAUGAGUAUUUGACAUAGUGCUGUGAGUAGUCUGGCAGCAGUAGACAGUUUUCAGGAAUGUAGCUUUACGGAAGAGGAAAUAACUCUGAAGUGUCUUCAAAGUGUGGAUCUAUUUCUUGAAGACUGCGUUCUUCGAUGCUGCAGUUCAAGGAAAUCAUGCAAAUUUGGCUAUCAAAAAGCUAACCUAAUUGUUCACUAGGUCACUAACCUAAGUGUUUCCAUCUGAAUUUCCUGAGUUGGUGUUUAUAAUGGAUCGUGUCCUCCAGCAGCCUGUCUGGCAAGUAAAUAGAAUUUCUCAGGAAUUGGGUUCAUUCUGAUUUGAUGUUGCUUAAGGAAAAUGAAGAAACAAAAUACCUGAAGCUGUUUCACUGGGGCAGUUGGCUUAGUUGACUUAGUUGACUUGGCAUUGUAGCAGUGUGCUGAAUAAUCAGUGCUCUCCUGUACCUGUGGAAUGGAAGCAAACCUUCUUAUGCUCUGAAUGUGGCAGCAUGCAGUGUGGCUGAUACUGAAAUAGAAAUCAGAAGCUAGAACAGCAAAAAAAACAGAAAGCAGAAGGAAGACAUUUUCUGAAGACCUGUUAUAAGCAUUAAGCAGUGGAAGAAGCUUCUUCACUGAACAAGGAAGUGUCUAUAUUUACAAAAAUGAAGACAUGAGAUUUUCCUGAGGCACCAAGAUUUGAAUUUGUACAUUGAAAGUGCACAAAAAGCUUUCCCCAGUUCUUUUUUUAUAACUCAAAUUGUUUUGGCCAACAAAAUAAAACAUGAAUCCAAUGCAUGUUACACUUUUAAAAUCUGAUUUAUUUAAUAUUUCCUAUAAUUAAACUAUGACCUACAAUUGGAAACCACUGCUCUGAAUUUUAUCUGGUGUGUGAAGACUCCAGAAGUAGAGUGCUCAGCCACAGCAUUCCAAGCCUAUCCAUUUCAUUAGUUUUGUUUAAUAUCAGGUAUUUAUUUUUGAGAAGAUAAUACUUAAAAUGUAAAUAGUUAUUCUAGUAAAUAGUUAUAUCUAGUUAACGAUACCAUGUAGACAAAAAAUUCUCUUGUGAUUUAGUCCAUACUUUUCUGUCAUGAAGUUCUGAGACGCAUGGGAGGGGAAAGCGAGAAUGGGUAUUAAAUCUCUUCGAUUUCCCUGGAUUUGAUUGUUUUUAAGGUGUCUAAUUAGUGUUUGUUUUCUGUCAUUCUCAAAGUAUAUAAAUGCAUCAGACAUGCAGAAAUAGAAAUGUUUGAAAAGUGUUUCAUAAAAAUUCCACAAAGAAAUGCUUACAGAUACCUAUCCCCCAAAAAGUUUCAGGCGAAUAGAAAUAUGUUAACUACAAUCAAACUUCAACAGGAGUUAAUAGGAACUAACUGUAUUUUUCUUUAAACCACUGAGAUGAGGGUAGAACUUUACUAGACCUAGCCAAACCUGGGAUUUCUUACAGACAGGAGUGAAAAGUCUGUUACCAAGUGAAGUUACAUCUGAAACAGUUUUUUUCCCUGAAAUCUGUAGAAAUAAAAUUCGUAGAGAUCUGAAUUGUUAGCUAAAAAGCAAAUAUUUGUAACUAACACAGUAAUGCAUUUG